AUGACCACCUCCCUCGACCUCCUCAAGCAGACCGGCACCGUCGUCGUCUCCGACUCCGGUGACUUCGAGACCAUCGAUGUCUACAAGCCCCAGGACGCGACUACCAACCCGUCGCUCAUUCUCGCGGCGGCCAAAAAGGAGGCUUAUCAGCAACUCAUCAACAACGCCGUCGAGUUCGGCAAGAGCAAGGGCGGCAGCCUUGACGAGCAGGUUGGCGCCUCCAUGGACCGCCUGCUUGUCGAGUUUGGCAAGGAGAUUCUGAAGAUCAUUCCCGGCCGUGUCUCGACCGAGGUCGACGCGCGCCUCUCCUAUAACAAGGAGGCCACCAAGGCCAAGGCCAAGGAGCUCAUCGCGCUCUACGACUCUGUCGGCGUUAAGAAGGAGCGCGUCUUGAUCAAGAUUGCGUCCACCUGGGAGGGUAUCCAGGCUGCGCGCGAGCUCGAGCGCGACGAGGGCAUCCACUGCAACCUCACCCUCCUCUUCGGCUUUGCGCAGGCCGUUGCUUGCGCCGAAGCUGGUGUCACCCUCAUUUCGCCGUUCGUCGGUCGCAUUCUCGACUGGUACAAGAAGGCCAAGCCUGGCCCAGACUACGUUGGCGACAACGACCCCGGUGUUCAGUCCGUGAAGAAGAUCUUCAACUACUACAAGCAGCACGGUUACAAGACGAUCGUCAUGGGUGCCUCCUUCCGUAACACUGGCGAGAUCAAAGCGCUCGCUGGUGUUGACUUCCUCACCAUCUCGCCUAAACUUCUUGAGGAACUUAAGAAUGACACCGCGCCCGUUCCCAAGAAGCUUGACUUCGCCCUCGCAGCUGCGUCUGCGGACCCCAUGCCGAAGAUCUCGUACAUCGACAAUGAGUCCGAGUUCCGCUGGGCGCUUUGCGAGGACGAGAUGGCGAACGACAAACUGAACGAGGGUAUCCGUGGGUUCGCGGCGGACGGCGAGACUCUCAAGAGCAUGCUGCGUGCGAAGCUCUCGGCGUGA